UAUUGAUUGUCUAAAAGAACUUGCGGAUGCUAUUAAUGACUCAAAUCAAUUUCAAUGGGAACCUGUAUAUACACAGUUAAAAACUAAAGCAUGGUGUCUUGGUUUUCAAACGAUUGUUCAUAAAAAUGGUGUCAGUGAAAUGUUUAAAAUUGUUAAACCCAGCGAAAUAUAUCUUGAUGAUAAUCCAGUGUAUUCGAAAAUUUGUCAACCAUUAUUACCUCCAUUAGAUCCAACAUUGCCCAAAUUAUAUAAACGCUUCGGAGCGCAAUGGCUAUCAAACUGUAUUGUAGAAAAGAAAAAAUGGACAGGGAAACCAGUUACUUCUGAACGUGCAACUGAGUUGAAAAACAAGAUUGAAGACCGACUCCCAAUGUUGUUUGUCGAUAAUCGAAUAUUGCUCAUGUCGCAGAAACACGGUCGUAAACGGCCGUAUACAAGGAAAUACGACGGUUUACAUGUGGUCGUAUUACGAUCAAUUUUUUCUUCUGAUCCAGAUCGGAAAAACCAUGUUCAUCCUAUCAACGACGAUGAUACAAAUACUAAGUGUAAUACUGGCGAUAAUAUUACUAAACCUAAUAAGCCGCUGCAAACUAUUGACGAUGACUUUAAAGUUAUUAAUGAAAGUAAUGAAAUCUCAUCAAUUCAAGGCGCCGCUGGUGAUUAUACNUCUAAUCAAUUGAUCGAAUUUUAUUUUUCUUUUAGAAUUUUUUCUUCUGAUCCAGAUCGGAAAAACCAUGUUCAUCCUAUCAACGACGAUGAUACAAAUACUAAGUGUAAUACUGGCGAUAAUAUUACUAAACCUAAUAAGCCGCUGCAAACUAUUGACGAUGACUUUAAAGUUAUUAAUGAAAGUAAUGAAAUCUCAUCAAUUCAAGGCGCCGCUGGUGAUUAUACUGCUUAUAAUAAAUCUGUCAAGGAGCUCCCUAAUAUGCCAGAUUUCAGAGAAAUUGAAAAAGCAAAUGAAACUGUACUACACCAGAUAUACAAAGAUCAAUCCUAUAAGCAUUCACAAUUUACACAGUUAGAACAUACUAAAACAUCCACAAUCACUACGUGUGAAAAAGUUCCUGCUCAGAAUAUGACACGUUUUAAUCGUGUAUUUUAUUCGGUUCCAUUAUAUAUUGAGUCUGAUGUGAUUGUAACGGAUACCAUGAUUGAUCAAGCAAAACAGUUCGCUUAUCUUCUUAAUGGUCUAGCUACUCAUGUUUUUAAAACUAAUAUUAAAACAAUACAUAUGUUUAGAGACAUCAACGGAGAUAAAGUAGCAUUCAAUCUCGGUGGUGCAAUUUUCUUCAAUCUUCAUUAUUUCGAACAAGUUUAUGCCGAUAAAUUGAAGCCUAUUCUACGAACAUCUUCUUCAUCAAAUACUCUUAUACGUACAACUCUCAAUUUUUAUUUUAUUGUAUUUUGCCAUGAAUUAUCACACAACAUUGUAGACCAACAUGAUGAAAUGUUUAUUACUUGCCUCCAAAAAAUUGCUGUUCAAUUUAUGAAUGAUAAAGAUUUGUUUCUAGAGCACUUCUCAUUUAAAGAUUAUAGCAAAACUUAA